UGAAUUAGUUAAGAAUUUGAAAUUAAUUAUCAUUAAUAUUAAAAAUGUUACUUGAAAACAUAAAAGUAAUUAGUAUAAAUUUUCUUAGGUUGCUAUUCGUAUAAGGCCAUAGAAUGAUAAAGAUCUUGAGAUUUCUGAUAAGAGUAUUCUAAAAGUUACAGAUUAAGAAAGUUUAGUAGUAAUUCCUCCAGUAGAGACAGAAGUUAAACAGGUUAAAAGGACAUAUAAAUUCAACUGGGUUUUUGACUAAACAACUUCUUAAAAGGAAAUAUUUGAAAAGACUCUUGAGUAAUAAGUACUUUCUUUGCUAGAUGGAAUAAAUGUAACACUUUUUAGUUACGGGGCCUCUGGAACAGGAAAGUCUCAUACGUACAUAUAUAGAUUAUAUUAAGACUUAUGAAAGUGAAUGAAGAUUAUGGAUUAUUAAUACGAUCUCUAAAUUAGUUAUUUUAAACUAUACAUAAUAAAAAGAGGAAGAUUUAGAUGAAAUUUUCAUAUUUGGAAAUUUAAUAAGAGUAACUCUAUGAUUUAUUAAACAAUAUGAAUGGGAAUCUUGAAAUAAGAGAUGAAAUCGGUUAAGCAUUAGUAAUAAAUGGAAUGAGAGAAAUAGAUGUAAUUAGCACUUAAGAAGUGAUUAAUUUAUUAUAGUAUGGAAAACGAUAAAAAUCAACUAAAUAACAUGAAAUUCUAAUAUUUACAAACUACAUUCAAGAUAUUAUUGGUUCUAAUAAUCAAAUAUCUAUUUCUAAAUUUAUAAUAGCUGAUCUAGGUUGGUUUGAUAAAAAUGGAUAAAAGUCAUCUUUAUAGGUUCUUAAUGAUUGUAUUUCCUUAAUGAGUGAGGCAUAGAUUAAACAGAUUUAGCCAUUCAUUCCAUAUAAAAACAGUAAAUUAACUAAAAUUCUAAAGGAUUCUUUUAGUGGAGAUUCUAAAACACUAAUUAUUGGAUGUGUUUCACCUUCUAUAACAAAUUAUGAAGAUACUAUUCAAACAUUAGAAUAUUGUUAAAUGGCUUCAGGUAAAUUUAAUUAAGGAUUCAUUAAGAAUUUACAGUAAAGUAAUCAUUAAGAAGAUUUUAAAUUAAUUUAUGAUUAAUUAGUAAAUGAAAAUGCAGAACUAAAGAAACAAUUGAAUAAUAAAUCUAUUUAAAAACCUAUAAUUAAUAAUGAUAAGGAAUAAACUAAAUUAUAUGAAGAAAAUAUCAUUGAUCAUUUUAAUAAUGAAUAAGAUGUUAAUCAAUCUAUCUUUAAGUAUAAAUGGGAAAUUGAGUAAAUUAAAUUUACUAUUAAUGAAAAUUAAGAAAAUCUUUAACGUAUUGAUGGAAUAGAUAGGAAGGCAGCAGAUUCAUUUAGACAUUAAAUUGAAUAAGAUUAACAGUUAUUAAAUAAUUAUUAAGAAUAAUUAACUAAAUUUUAUAAGUAGGCUAAUAAUUUUAGUAUUCAAAGAACAGCAUUAUAAGAGGUAAGAUUAAUUAAUUAAUUAUAUUUUAGAAUGUUAAUUAAAGUAAUUUAUCAAAUUCUUAUAAGUCAUAUUUAAUUAAUCUAAUUGAAAAACAUAUUCUAAGAUUAGAAGUAUAUGAGAUUAAACUAAAAGAAUAAAUUAAUGAAUUGCAUAAGUAAUAACAUGAAAGACUUAUGGCAAUAUAAAGAAGUUAAAUAUCUUUACGUGAUAGAAUAAUAGCAGAUUAGAGAAAACACCUUUUUUAACAUGGAAAAAAUCAAUCAAUUUAACAUUAUACUUAAAUUGAUACUACUACUGAAGUGAUAGAUGGAACUAAAGCAAAACUUAAGCAUUAUCCGUUGCCAAAGGUUAAAGGUAAUAUUACAAACUUAAUAAUAAGAUCAUUAUUUUAAUAGAGAAGCUUAUCUAUAAAGGAAAGAAUCACUAAAAUCCAUAUUUAGUCCUAGGCUUUAGACUCCUUUGCAAUUAAAAGAUAAAAAACCUUAUGUACCUAAGACUCCUCACUCUAAAAUACUUGAUACUCUUUCUACUCCAAGUUUACCAAAAUAAAAUCCGCUUACAAAAGCACCGCCAUAAAAAGUUAUUGAUUCUAAAUCAAUGGUUGCUUUACCAUUAAUAACAACCAAUAGAAAUUUAUCUAGGUUCGUUUAUGAUUGGAGAGAUGGUGGUUAUAAAUUCAUUGAGGAUAGAAAUAAAAUACCCUCAUAAAGAGAACUUAAGUAAGUUGUUUAAUCAAAAUAACAUACUUAAUAAAGUCUUGACAAAUCUUUUUUCACGACUUCUAGCAGAAGUAAAUCAAUUUAUAAUUAUAAGGUACUUCUGCAAAAAGAGUAUCUUUUAAAUAAAGUUUAUUACUCCCUGGAAAAGUUCAUGAAUCACCUUAUGUAAAAGGAUUUAUUAAUAAAGAAAUACAAAGAAAGAUAAAAUUAAAAUAAUUGAAUUAAAAAAUGAUGAAAGCAUCUUAAAAGAAUUGA